AUGGACCCUGCCAGCCUUGCGAUUGGAGCCGUUGGUCUAACGGGCCUGUUCGACGCGUGUUUGAAACUAUACGAGCACGUCUGUAAUGCGAAGCGCUAUCCUGAAGACUGCAAACGACAAGUUCUUUUCCUGGAGCUCGAAAGGUCACGGUUUACCGGGAUCCGAGUUGAACUGCUGCGAGCCGUGGGUGGUCCAGAAGAACCAGCGGCCGUGGAUGGCGACGAGAUAUUGUUCAAAACCAGCUUCCAGCGAAGUUCAACCGCUUCUCCAGCCUCUCCCAGUGUCUGGAGACACGAAUACCUCGGCCGGCUAUUAAGCACUGUACGGGGAGUGCUCACCGAGGCAGAAGCCAUCGUUGAGAAGUAUCAGAAGAUAGACUCGAAGCGGAAGUUGAGGACCUUCAUAUCGUCCAGACUGCACACGCACCAGCUGUCAUGGAUCGCAGACGACAAGAACCGUCUCAAGGAACUGGUGGAAACUCUACGGCAGCUGAAUAGUUACUUAGAGAGUCUCCUUCCCGCACCCUCUCGCCGGCGUCUGCAGCUCGCAUUCGAGGCGACGGUCGUCCUUUCGGCUGAUGCUGGCCGACUGCGAGAUAUUCAGUCAGAGUCCGUCACCGGAUACGAGAGCCUAAACCAUAGUGCGACGGUCAGACUGGCGAAAAUGUCAAUGGAAUCCAAGGCGUCGAAUUCGCAGCAGGAAUUACAGGACUCCCGUAUGGACCAUCGUUGCCUCCGGUUGCGAAAACCCAUCGCCAACGGUUACAACGUAUACAGCUCUGCUAUGUACGAGACCGGCCCCCCAGGGCGCCUCCACAGGCAGAGUGUUCUUGUCGAGAGAAGGCAGGCCUUCACAACGGUGGAUUCUUUAGGAGAAGCGGGAAAGCGCCUGAAUAGCCUCGUCGUCACUUUACAAUGCAUGCAGGCGUCGGCAAAUCAACCACCCCAGAAUCAAACCAAUUCCACAGCCUUUGGGGUGCCUCGAUGUCUAGGAUGGAUUGCACCAGAGGGUUCCAACCUGGACGUCAUUGACCUGGUCUACGAGUACCCAACGCCCACCCUGCAGCCCCCCGUGUCCCUCCACACCCUCCUUCAGACCCUUCUGUCCACCAACCGACCCUCCCUCGGAGCCCGUUUCAACCUUGCCCUCUGCCUUGCCCAGUCCUACGGCCGCUUCAUAUCAGUCGGCUACCUCCACAAAGGCUUCCACAGCCACAACAUCCUCUUCUUCAACGACACCCUCACUCCAUAUAUUGUUGGCUGCGCAGACUCACGACCAGAAACAACACCGAUGUACUCAUCCCCGCUUUCCGACGUAAUCCCAGACCGAGAACUGUACAUACCCUGGGAGACGAUCCUGGAAAUACCACAACCCGAUCCUUCGAAACGUACGCGAUGGAGCGCGGCUGCGGAUAUCUACGGGCUGGGAGUUAUGCUGGUCGAGAUCGGCCGGUGGACCUGUACGAGCCAGGAAUGGAGAACGGCGAGCCUGUAUGACUUCCAUCAGAAAGUCCUUCCCGGUUUAGUUGAGGAACUGGGGUACCACAUGGGUGAUAUUUAUAGAGAUGUCGCCCGGGCUUGCCUCAGGGUUGGGGACUUUGAGUUUACUACCGAAAUUGGUGUGUGGCAGAACUAUUCUGAGAAGAUCCUUAAGCCAUUGGAGCUGUGCCGGGCAUAA